GGGGCGGGGCCUUCGGCGGCGCGGAGCGCGGAGGCGUUGGGGUCGCAGCGCGGCCGCCCCGGAGCGGCCCUCCCGGCCCUACCGGCCCUCCCGGAGCCGCCAUGGGCCUCACCGUGUCUGCCAUCUUCUCCCGCAUCUUCGGCAAGAAGCAGAUGAGGAUCCUGAUGGUGGGGUUGGACGCCGCUGGCAAAACCACCAUCCUGUACAAGCUGAAGCUGGGAGAGAUCGUCACCACCAUCCCCACCAUUGGGUUCAACGUGGAGACGGUGGAGUACAAAAACAUCUGCUUCACGGUGUGGGAUGUAGGAGGCCAGGACAAGAUCCGGCCCCUCUGGAGGCACUACUUCCAGAACACACAGGGUCUCAUCUUUGUGGUGGACAGCAACGACAGGGAGAGGGUGCAGGAGUCUGCGGAAGAGCUGCAGAAGAUGCUGCAGGAGGAUGAGCUGCGUGACGCCGUGCUGCUGGUCUUUGCCAACAAGCAGGACAUGCCCAACGCCAUGGCGGUGAGCGAGCUGACCGACAAGCUGGGGCUGCAGGCACUGCGCAGCCGGACCUGGUACGUGCAGGCGACGUGUGCCACGCAGGGCACGGGGCUGUACGACGGGCUGGACUGGCUGUCCCACGAGCUCUCCAAGCGCUAAGACGUGUUUGGACAUCCCAUCCAACGGCUGUUCUUCGGCUUGGCCUCGUCUCUGUGUGUUUCUUGGAUAGGACUUGGAGCUCGGCGACCCACGGCUGUGUCCCCGAGCGUUGGGACGGACCCCACUUCUUACCCACCAGGAAUUGAAUGGGGAAUGGGAUGUUAAUAAAGUGCUGCCCGCACCGUGCUGGGCUGCAGAGGA